AUGGCGGGUCAGGCUCGUAAACUAUCAUUUGUUCAAGGUGUGGUCGAAGAGGCCCUGACGAACAGCGAACAUAGAGCGAUAAAAGAGUUCCAGAACACGUACCCGAGACUUGCCCCUUCAGCCAAGCAGGUCUUGCACGACCUGUACUCCGGCCUGAGGGAAGGCCUCACGGACUUCGAGGACGAGAGGGCGCUGGAGAGGCCCCUCGAGUCCUUCUGGGACAACCUCUUCCCCCCGGUGUACCAUAGCGCCCUCCACGCGCGCAUGCCCCCCUUCUCCAAGGCCUACACUGAAUGCCUCAGGGACGCGCAGAGGAUCGUCCAGCCCUGGGGCAUCAUCCCCACGCUGGUGGGCGAACCCCUCCUCCGCGGGCUCCAGUCUGCCCGCCUGCUUUUGCACGCCCUGGACGUCGGCGCCGACGUCGUCAACACCGCCCGGAAUUUGCCCGUGCCCCAGGAAUGCGGCGAAGCAGCCGCCCGCCUCCAGUACUGCGGAGCCUGCCACGGCGCCUCGGCCCCGCCCUGCUUAGGCCUCUGCCUGAACGUCGCCAGGGGCUGCCUCGCGCCCUUGGCCGAGGUCGACGGGGCGUGGUCUGACCUAGCCGGAGCAGUGGGCCGGGUGCACGAGUCGCUGGAAGCCAUGGGGCUCUCGCGCCUCCUCCACCAGCUGCCAGAGAAGCUCUCGGAGGCCGUGAUGGUCGCCCUCGAGAGGGGACCCAAGCUCCAGAAGAAGAUUCCAGAACCCACUCUCAUUUCCAGAUACGAGAACCCAUCAUUCUCUUCCAAUCCAGAACCCACUCUCCUUUCCAGAUUCCAAAAACCCACUCCUCCUUCAAGAUUCAAAAUAGCACUCUCCUUUCCAUAUUCCAGAACUCACUAUCCUUUCCAGAUUUCUCGAGUCUGGAACUACUGCUUUACAUUUUUAUCCUUCAAUUCUUCAAACCUUGACCGUGGUCUGUCUCUCUGGAAAGAGAUGUUAGACAGUGUUAGCGUUUUCAACUCAGAGUGA